AUGUGCGAAUCUUUUUCAACUGCGCGCUUCGUGAUUAGCAUCCGAUCGCGCUUCGGUGGCUGUAGUUCCGCACAUUGUUCAAUGCCAUAUAUUGCUGCAAAGACUCUCCCAUGUCUCUCAUCCCAUCCCCACCCACAACAACAGGGCCCCAUAGAGAGCGUGACUAUACGCGAGGUGAAGGGCCACCUGGCGUCCCUGAGCAGCCUGAAGCUGCGCCUGCGCGUCAAGAUCAAGGACGUUGACAUCGUGCUCCGCCCCUCGCCCCCCUCCACAUCCAAAAAGAAGAAUAAAUCCUCCAAAACCACCUCCAAUGGUGGAGGUUCCGCGGCUAAAGGCCCGGCCAGGAAGGCCGGGGCGAUUGCGGCCGCGUGGGGGCGGUGGAAGCUGCUAGGGAGCUUUUCUCGGGUGGUUCGGGUGUGUCUGUUUGAUGUGUCUGUGCGGUGGGCUCAGGCUCCCGAUGUGUGCUUCCAGCUGAGGGAGUUUGACCUGUUCUCCACCGCUGAUGCCUCGGGGAAAGGGCAGGUGGCGAUGAGACUGGAGCUGCUGGGGAUGUCGCUGUCUCAUCGCCCCCCUGUUUCUGAGAAGAGCCCUGGGAGCUGGACGACUGACAUGGCACUAGGGUUUGACAGGGAGGUGGGCAUAGCAGUGCGGCUGCUACAGCUGCAGUGGUCGGAGCUAGAGCUGAACCUCUCUGAGCGUCUGCUCGCCCUGCGCAUCAUCAAGCCCCCCAAGCGCCCCCCUGCCGCGCAGCCUCCUGUUACUCCCGCGCCAGUGGCUACAGCAGGAGCGACUGUUCCUGUGCUGGUGAACGAGAGGAAGCGCCCCAACCUGCCAGAAAAGGUGCAAGUGACCCUACCGCGCAUCAUGGUGCGUCUGUGGCACCACCGCUGCGGCCUCCUGCUGCGCAGCAGCUGCGGCCCCAUCACCCUCUCCUCCACACUCUCCCGCCCCGCUCCUGACCUUUCAGUCAUUGAGGCUGAUUUUAGUAUCGGCAUUGUGGAGACGGCAGAGGCAGUGCGGGCAGAGGUGGAUGAUGUGACUCUCUCAGCUGUGGACUGGCGGGUGUUCCCCGCCACUCUCGCCCCGUGGGUGUCUCAUCCUUUCACCACUUUCAACCGCUCUGCACCCCCUUUUUCCCCUCUCUCAGACAGCAGAGGCAGUGCGUGCAGAGGCGUGCAGGUGGCAAGGCUGCCCAGAGAAGAGGACUUCGCCAGGCUUGCUGAGGCACAUGGUGCUGCUGGUGUUGCCGGUGCUGCCGGUGCUGCUGGUGAUCCUGCUCUUUCCCCUUCUGCUUCUGCUUCUGCUGCGGCUGCUGUGCCUCGGGAGCAGGUGUUUAUUCAGGUGUCUCGCCUGGGAGCAGAGUGGGGCCCUGGGAUUCCCGACAAUUGGGAAGAGCUUGGGGAUUCAUCAGGAGGGAAGGGAGGGGGGGAAUUAUCGGGAGCAGAAGGAGCAGGAGCAGGAGGAGAAUCAGGAAGAGGAAUAGGAGUAACAGGGAGUGUCAGCACCCCUGGUAGUGGCUCCGGUGGGGGCGCAUAUAGGGUGGUCAGUGGAGGAGGAGGAGUGGGGAGGGGGGAAGGGGGGAUACUAUACAAGGUGCUGAUGGUGCAGGUGGGGGUGCGGGGGCUUAGAAUCCGCCCCUCCUUCCCCCUCCUGGGAUCGCUAGCAGAGGAAAUCACCCGGGCAGAGCAUUUUGUCAAAAGGGAGAAGAAGAGAGGUGCUAGUACUAGCACAGCGGGUGCCACUGCAGGUGGGGCUGACGCGAGUGCUGCUGGUAAGGACUCAGGCAAAGGGAAGAGCAAGAGCAAGAGCAAGGGGAAGGGCAAGGGGAAGGGUGUGAAGGCGUUUCGGAUAGUCCUAGACGACUCUCUGCUGGAGCUGGAGUGCCCGUGCACGGUGGUUGAAGCUGAUGUGCUAGACCCUAAGAAAGUGCACUUUGGGGAUGAGCUGGGAGAGCGGGUGUUCCACCUCACCCCUGAGGGGGACUUGAGGGUGGCGAGGGUUAGGAGGUUUGAGUGGGAGGGGGUUGAGCAUGCUUCUGUGGUGUGUGCUUUGCGGGUGGAGUUGCCUUCGGUGACGGUUGGGGGGAGAGUGGGGGGGAAGCAGGUGCAGGUGGGGGUGGAAGGGGCGAGAGUGGUUUAUGUGGAGAAAGGGGAGGGCGGGGAGUUGGGGAGUGCGGUGCGGAGCGGUGGUGCUGGGUUUGGGAAGGGGGGUUUGGAAGGGAAGGGAGGGGAAGAGAAGAGAGUGGGGAGGGAAGGUGGGAGGAGGCAGGAUGGGGUGAUAGCAGAGGUGGUGGUUUGCCGGUUACAAAUGGCGCACGUGUUGCUUCGGAAAGGGCUGCUAGGUCUGGACGGAGGUCCGGCGCCGGACCGGGUGGUGGUUACCGCAGCUGGGCUGGAGGCUCGGUGGGAGCCAGACGUACAGGUGCUGGUGGUGGAGGUAGGGGAGGAGAUGAAGGAGGUUACGGGUCGGAGAAAGGCUGUGAUAGAACAAUGGCGGAGAAUGGCAGAGAGAGAAGGUGAGGCGGAGCAAGCGCGGGUGAAUCAUCAGCAGGCGCAGCAGAAGGGAGAGGGAGAGGGUGCAGGAAAGCUAGCCACAGCAGGUGGUAGUCUGGAUUCCGCCGGUGCUGCAGUUGCGGUGCUGGAGGGUGUGGUGGGGUUGGGAACGGUUGGAGGCGGUGCCGGGCGCAGGAACAGUGACAGCAUUGUCGGUGGUGCCACGUCAGCGGCCGGCGGUGGCGGCGGCUCCAGCUGGCAGCAGUGGAAGCCGGGAGGACACGUGGCAGGAGCACCAUCAACAGCAGCAUCAGAUAAUGCCUCAGCAGCAGCAGCAGCAGCAGCAGCAGCAGCAGCAGCAGCAGCAGCAGCAGCAGCAGCAGCAGGAUCAGGAGUAGCUGGUGAUUCCACAGCCGCGGCCAACCCGAGCAAGCCGGCGAAGGCGAAGAAGCCGAAGCCAGUGGUAGCGGUGGAUGUGACGGGGGUGGUGGUGACGGUGGGGAUAGGCGACGAGACAGAGAUGCGUGUGGAGGCGAAGGGGCUGUUCUCAGAGGACGCGGCCAUGGGGGCGCUUCUUGAGGGCCUGGCGUUGAGAAUCAAUGGAGCGGCUAUGCUCUUCAGCGAGUCCUUCCAGGUCUCUCGUGUGCCGAGUGCAACACCAGUGGUGGUGGCUCCGCCCUCCGCCCCUCCACCAGAGCCAGGAGCUAGUGCAUCAACAGUGUGGGACUAUGUGAUCCAGGCGAGCUCGUCGCGCUUCAUCCUGCCGUUCCAGUUUGAGGUGCGCGCAGUGGAGGACAGCGCUGAGGACAUGAUGCGCGUGCUCAAGGCUGUCACCGCCGCCCAGAAGAUGGCCCGCCAGGCAAGGCGCUUGCGGCACGGGGCAACUGCUGCUGCUAGUGGUGCUGCUGCUGCUGGUUCGGUUCCAGCUGCUGCUGGGUCAAGCCUGGCAGCUGCAGUGGCCGAUCCAGCAGCUCUGGCUUCCGCAACAGCCGCCGCCGCCGCCGCCGCCGCCGCCGCCGCCGCCGCCUCAGCUGCUGGGUCAGGCCCGGCAGCAUCGGUGGGCGAUCCGGCAGCUCUGGCAUCCGCAACAGCUGCAGCGGCGGCAGCAGCAGAGGCAGAGGGGGUGAUCCCCCCCACGGUGCCCUCCUCCUCCUCCGCCCCCAAGCCCAAGAAGCCCCCUGCGCGCCAGAAAGGCCUCAUACGCCUUAUAGUGAAGGAGCUGCUUUUAGAGGUGGAGGAGGAGCCUAUACAGGGGUGGCUGGACGAGAGGAGGCAGCUUAUGAGACCGCUAGUGGAAGAUAGGCUGGUGAGGGAGAGAUUGCUGGAGGAAGAGGAGGAGAAUUUGAUGGGCGGGGAUAUUUUUCCCGCGGGUUUGGAAGGGCGUGUUGGGGAGGGAGUAGGGGGCGGGGAUGGGGAGAAGUCUCCUCAGGAUGGGAGGGGAGGGGGAGGAGUGGGGGUAGGAGGGGGAGGAGGGGGGAAAGGGGUGAGUCCGCAAGUGCUGGCUGCAGCAGCGGCUGCAGCAGAGGCUGUUGGGGCUACGCAGGUUUCAGGCGAAGCCAAAGGUACUGCGGUCAGGUUGAAACUUUUCCGGGAACGUUUCCAGGCUGCCCGGGAGGAUCUGCACCGGCGGGCAUGCCUGGCGUACAAAGCAGCGUGCGAAAAUCUUGUGAAGGAUCCGGGCACGGGAUGGGCGUAUAAAAUCGGGCUGAAUGAAAAGUUUCCGAUGACCACCACCCGAAGAAGCGCUGCUAGCCUGUGGUUCGCGUUUGCAGAGCUGGCUCUGAUACCAAUAGAGCACGGGCGGCAAGGCAUGGUGGCGAAAAUUCGCAAGCUAGACACUGUUCCUGCUUCAGAUAAGGUACCCAUUGCGAGGAUGUACGGGCGGGCAGUGGAGCUUUCUUGUGUCGGGCUGAAGUUUUCUCUCAGGGAUUUCCCGCUGCCGCUGUUUGCGGCUGCUUCCGCGAAGCUUCGUGGGACGGCGAUUAUGGCAGCGCAGGCUACAGUGUACCAGCCGCAGCAGAAGUCCGACGUGUUUCUUGGAAGGUUCCGGCGGGUUACCGUGUUACGAACGGCCAGCGGCGCCACCCCUCCGUUGAAAUUCUACUAUGAAGCCGAGGCGGAGUUUGAAUCGGCUGAUCUGUCGUACGGGGUGGGGUAUGAACCCAUGCUGUUUGCCGAUGUGAGUUACGCGGUAACGUGCGCUGUGAGGAAGGGUCAGCCUACAACCAGGCAGGCGAAGGUGAUUGCGGCGGCAGCGGCGGCGGCAGCAGCAGCUGGGAAGCCGUAUCCUCCGGUGCAAAACACCCUCUCUGUGCCUGCUCUUGCUGCUGCAGCAGACCCUGCUGCGGCUCCUCAGGUCUGGCCGCCAGUGGAGAGAAGCUUGCCGUGGUGGGAUAUCAUGAGGUAUUACAUGCACGGGCAUGCGCAGUUCAUAGCGCUGGACUAUCAGGUGUUUGUUCAGGCGACUGUGGACCCAUACGAGCAGAACGACAUGCUUACACUGGUGGGUUCUCGGCUGGUGUUUUCCCAGAAGAAGGGGCAGAUGUUUGUGCGAGGGGAGGAUCUAGAGGCGCACAUGUCAAGUGUUCCGGAGGAUCCGCUAAGGAAGGCAGACGCGUGGGUGAGAGAGGGCGGGUCGGGCGGGGUCGGGAGGGGGACGGGCGGGGGAGCGGAAGGCGGGCGGUGGGAGGGAGACGAGUUUCUCCGUGCACCUGCGAUAGAGACGCCGGUUCUGGAGCUGGAUAUAAGGAUAGACUGGGAGGUGGAGGGGAAUGGGGACGCGUGCGCGCACUAUUUGCACGCGCUGCCGACGGAACCGGGCAUGAGAACGGUUCUGUACGAUCCGUUCCGGUCUGUGGGGAUGAAUUUCCGGUGGGACUGGCGGUUUUUGUCCAAGGAGCAGGCGAGGGUGAUUCACAGCAAGGGGGAGAAGAAGGGGAAGAGCAAUAUGGGUGGUGGCGGUGGGGUUGGUGGGGUGAGGGUGGGUCGGAGCAGCAGUGCGGUUGAUCUCCCUGCCUCUGGCUCUGCUGCUGCUGCUGGUGCUGCUGCUGCUGGUGCUGGCAACGCUGCUGCUGCUGUUGCAGGUGCAAGCAGUGGUUUAGGUAGGCAUGCACAUGCGUCCCCGGCAGUACCAGCCAUACCGCGCUCCACCUCUCUGUCUUCCGCUUCGUUCUCCCGGGCCUCCUCCUCCUCCCACCGCUUCACCGAGGACGAGGAUUUCUUCUCGGGCAGCUCAAAUGCCCACCGGUCAAGCAGCGGCGGGUCGUUCUCGUCCGUUGGAUUCGAACCCGGCAGCGCAUCGCAGCCCGGUGAUUGGCCGAGAGGAGCGGUAGGAGGAGAUACAGGGGCGGGGCUGGGUGCAAGCGGGCAUGGGCACUCGCUGAGACACAGAAGAACUUCAUCGGCGGCGGCGGAAGCACAAGCAAAGGCAGCAGGAGAAGGUGUGGGAGUGGUGGAGGGGGCACAGGGAGGGGGAGGUGGUGUGGCCGGUGCUGCUGCUGCUGGGGGUGCUGCUGACGGUGGUGGUGGGGGAAGGGGAGGUAUGGGGGCUGGGGCGGCGGGUAUGGGGAUGGGGGGAGAGGAGGAUAAUUGCACGCUGAAUUACAUGAUCAACAUCAUUCGCCCGCAGUUUAACUUCCACUCUGAGGAUGCUCAUGUGAGUAUGAUUCUGCAAACUGCACAUCUGAUAGUCAAGAAACGUAUUUGGAAGGACGAGUUUUGGGACGUCUCAUCAAGAGGUGCAUUUGGACUGCCUUGCAUCUUCCAUUCUACUCAUCUGGCUUUCCUCCCUGUUCUAUCUGCCUUCCUCUUCUUCCCCCCCUCCCCCUUCAACUCCCAGGGUCGGUUCCUCCUAGCUGCCAAGAGCGGGCACAUCAUGCCGGGAUUCGGUGAUGACCUGGACACGAUUCAGUGGAACCGGCAUGAGCUGGCAGUCAUGCUGGAGAACGUGCAGGCCUACGUGGCACCCACUGACGUGGACCUGACAGCUGGCGUGCAGUGGUUGGCCCACGUGCCCAUGGGUGCGGGGAGGAGGGGGGGAGGAAGGGGUGGGAAGGGGAGGAGGAGGAGGGGUGCGGGGAUGGUUGGGAUGGGUGGGAGAGGGUCGGAAGGGAGUCUUGCUGGUGGUGCCACUAGUGGGGAUGGUGAUGGUGACGAUGGCGGUGGUGCUGCUGGUGCUGGGCCGAGCGGAGUGAUGAUGCUGGGAAGAGGGGCUGCUAGUAACGGGGAUAUGGAGGGCAGUCACCUGCUGAAGCAGGUGUUUCAGCCGUGCACCAUGUACCUGGAGUAUACGCGAUACAAGAGUGGGUCUCAGGGCGCCCAGAAGAAGCCGUUAAAGGAACCAAAACUGCGGCCAGAUGCAGACGAGGACAAGGAAGAAGAGGAGGAGUACGGAUCCCGCCCUGACGGAGUACUCGAGGUGGAGGCGACAGAGGUGAAGGCAGAGGUGAAGGCAGAGGUGAAGGCAGAGGUGAAGGCAGAGGUGGCACAGAGGACCUCUGGAGCACGAGAGGAGGCACAGGACUUGACCCUUGGGUUUCCUCCCUAUCCAUGCACUCCUCUCCCCCCCACCCCGCCUCCAUCCAGGCUGAAAAAGCCAAAAGUGCGACCCGAUGCAGACGAGGAAGACGAGGAGGAGGAGGAGUACGGAUCCCGGCCGGAUGGAGUUCCCGAGGUGGAAGCAGCGGAGGUGAAGGCAGAGGUGGCGCAGCGGGCAGUGAACGCGCUCAUCCAGGACCUCUGGAGCACGGCUGCCCUCACCGCCUCCAGGGUUCACGGGCCUGAGCUGGCGUUUGCUGGCAGCUGGGACGGAGGGGGAGGGGGAGGAGGGGGGGGAGGUGGCAUAUAUGGGUCGGGCCGGCUGGUUCUGGAGGAGGAGGAUCCGACCCACAGGAGCCUUGUGCUCGCUCCGCCCAUGGUGCUGGUGAGUGGUUGCUUGGUGAUUGAUUUGCUGUUGAUGCUCCAGCCAGCAUGUGGCCACUUGUUCUGA